UCUGACGGUGUAGUCUUCUCGGGUUUGGAUCGUCAUGGCCGCUUGACCCAAGGCUGAAGGCUGUAAUGUACUGAGCGUGUUUUCCCGUCCUCUCCUCAAUCACUUUUUCUUUAAACGCCAACGCAAAGUUUACCGGGAUACUUUUUUCCAUUUGGUGUUGUUUUUAUGACAAAUCAGAAUGCAACCCCCUCCAAGGAAGGUGCGAGUGACCCAGGAGCUGAAGCAGACGCAUGCUGAGCAGCUGAGCCGGUUACAAGUCAAACACCAGACGGAGUGUGACCUCCUGGAGGACCUCAGGACUUUUAGCCAGAAAAAGGCAGCGGUGGACAGAGACUAUGCCCAGGCUCUCCAGAAACUGGCCAACCAGUACCUGAAGAAGGAAUGGCCAGACCUGCCGGCGGACGAACCAGCUGAUCAAAGGAACAUGUACUGCGUGUGGAGGUCCUACCUGGAGGGCACGGUGCAGCUGAGCCAGACCCGGACCAGCGCCUGCGACCUCUACAAGGCCCAGGUGGCCGAGCCGGCCAAGGCCGCACGGCUCCAGAAGGACCUGGAGCUCCGGAAGUGUGUGGAGCAGCUGACGGAGGUGCAGGCGGGGCUGCAGGAGUCGGUGAAGGACCUCAGCAAGAGCAGGAAGAAGUACCAGGAGACGGAGGUCCUGGCCCAGGCCGUGCGCGAGAAGGCCGAGCUGGAAGCAAAGUCUAAGCUGAGUCUCUUCCAGUCCAGAUCUAGUCUUCAGAGGGCUAGUGUCAAGCUCAAAGCCAAGAGGAGCGAGUGCAACUCCAAGGCCUCGCACGCCCGCAACGACUACCUGCUCACGCUAGCCGCCGCCAACGCUCACCAGCAGCGCUACUACGAGAACGACCUCAUGGACUGCAUCAAGGUUUUGGACGGAAGGAUCCACGAGCAGGUGAAGGACUACCUAGUGUCCAUGUGCCAGACGGAGCUGGACACCUACCAGGUGGUGCACACCACCUUCAACCAGCUCCUGGACAGCUCCAAAGAGGUGCUGCAGGAGUUCCACCAGCAGCUCUUUGUGCAGAGGAACCCCACGUUCCACAAGGCUCCGGACUUCCUGUUCCAGCCCAGCGACUCAGACACGGUGGUGCAGCUGGAGAAGGAGGGUGGCACGACGGAGGAGCACAGCCUGGACAAGGAGGCCCGCAAGUGGGCCAGCCGCGUGGCGCGAGAAUACAAGAGCAUCAUCCACACCCAGAGGGCCUUGGAGGAGUACGGCACUCAGGAGAGCUCAGAGCAGAACAUCAGUGAGAUGGAGGCCAAGACAGAGGCCGCCAGGCAGAACCUACGCAAGGCAGAGACGGUGAAGGUGAAGGCGGAGGCCCGCCUGGACCUGCUGAGGCAGGCGGGGGUUGCCGUGGAGACGUGGCUGAAGAGCGCCAUGAACCAGGUGAUGGAGGAGCUGGAGAACGAGCGGUGGGCCAACCUGGGACCCCACGACCCCUCGCUUUCUGGCCCGGCUGACUUUGAGCGUGAGGACGAGGAGGAGACGGAGGACAGCGGGGAGGCCCUGGACGACAGCAGCUCCAGCCCCUCCAGCACCCUGAGGAACUACCCUCUCACCUGCAAAGUGCUCUACUCCUACAAGUCGUGCCAGCCAGACGAGCUGACCAUCGAGGAACUGGAGGUGUUGGAGGUCAUCGACGAUGGAGAUAUGGACGACUGGGUCAAGGCCAGAAACCGCAGCGGGCAGGUGGGCUACGUCCCGGAGAAGUACCUCCAGCUGCCCUCCUCCAACAGCCUGCUGAGCAUGCUGCAGUCCCUGGCCGCCCUGGACGCCCGCUCCCACUCCUCCAGCAACUCCACCGAGCCAGAGCUGGAGCCCGCCCCGGCCGCCGCCGUCAACGGAGACGCCAGCGUGUCGUUUGCCAAGGCGCUGUACGACUACGCGGGUCAGACGGAGGACGAGCUGUCCUUCCCUGAGGGCGCUAUCAUCCGCAUCAUGAGCCGGGAGACGCGGGAGGACGACGGCUUCUGGGAGGGCGAGUUCAACGGGAUGGUGGGCGUGUUCCCCGCCGUGCUGGUGGAGGACCUGACCUCCGGCGGCGGCGGCGGCGCCAGUUCCCCCAGAGAGGACGGAGACGCGCCCAGAGACACCAGUGCACAGGUGGUCAGUCUGCCAGCAAGCACACACACAUACAGGGCCCCCACCUCUCCGCUGGCGUCCACACCGGUCGCCAGUGACCAGUCUCCCCGCAGUCCCUUCCAGCCGGGGCCCUUCCACAGCAGUCCCUGCCAGUCCAGCCCCAUCCAGACGCCCACUUCCCUGGGGGCCUCCCCCCUGUCCAGCCCCUCCAGCACCGCUGCCUCCUCCCCCAUCGGCCGCCCUCCAUCCUACUCCAAUGGACACCACAGGGUCCCGCCCGUGCCCCUGAAAAGCCCCCUCCAGAGUCCAUCUCCAAGUUCUUCUCAGCCCCCCAAAUACCCUGUCAAUGCCUCUGGAACCAUUCGUCCUGUUCGAGCUGCCCCGCCCCCCCCGAAGCAGCACCCCCGUGGGCAGGUGAAGAGGAGGGAGGAGGUAGAGAUCACGCUCGUCUAACGGGGAAACUAAAGCGAAAGCUCCAACGCUUUACAAACACAUCUCCAUAUUAACGCCCGUUGGGCGCCGGCGGCAAAACAAGGGGACGCCUGGUGGAUUAAGCCCCUCCCUCCCUCCUGGUCAACCAAUGGAAACUCCCGGCUCCCACUCUCUCUCCCUCAGCAGGAUGGAUCAUCAGUCUACUCUAUGAGGCUUUGCCAGUAUGUGUUUUUUCUCUAAAUAGCCUUUUCUACAUCUUUGUCCCAUCGGCAUGCUCUUGAAAGCGUGGUGGAAAGAACAACUAUGUGCCUUUACCUUUUUACAAACCUUUAUUCAGUCUUCUACUUUUUCGGUUUUCUACUUCUUCUAGGUAAACGGUUUACUAUAUUCGAGCGAUACCUUGUGGUUCCUUCUGUGACUCUAUUCAUGUCUCUCCUGUUUUCCUCUUAUUGAACUGUAUCUUCUUAUCACACUAAUUGUUAUUUUUAUAGUCAGGCUUUGAGUCUCGUUACCUCGUUAAAAAUAGGAAAAGGCAGAAUAAUUACUAUGCAGUGAAGAGUCUUCUGGCGGUGGUAGAAGAUGUGUUGUCGCUAUACAUGUGGAAAACAGACCCCAGUCACAAAGAGGCUGGCCCUCUUUUUAAAGAAAAAACAAAACUAAGGGAAAGUGGCAAUUGUAGUUCGAAGUGGUUUCAUUGGGAAAUAAUCCUUUCUGACUUUGAUAGUGAGAUCAGGAUCAAGUUUCGUACCGUUAAUUGUAUUUUUGAUACACCCCCCCCCCCCCCCCACAACAAACACACCCACAUUUAACAUUGUUUUCUAACAGCAAAUUCUAUAUUUUCUAGCUGAAGGAUAUCCGAACGACUAUAUAUUAUGUCAAUUCUUUCACUGUGUUGUAAAAGUUAAAACUCUAGAUUUGUCCUUCAUACAAAUAGACUAACAUAGGCCUUAAGUAGAUGGGUUAUAGGGGAGUAGUACAACGGCCAGGAGUUCAGCAGGCGGAUGCGGCCCAUGACAGUGUUUAUCCAGGCUGUUGGACCGGUGGCGUAGAGAGAGACGCAGGGCCUGACUCCCGCCUCUAUGGCGGGGAAAACCUCCCGAGCUACGAGCUGCUAGCUGGCUAUCCAGUGGAAAUGUAUAUAGGCUAUAUAUAUACUAGCGAACAUACUGAAGCACUUUCUGAGAUAUUUUGUGUUGUUUUUAUCCCUUUUCAGUAUUGCUGGUUGGUCUCUUUUGUGGACACUCCAUCGUUUGUUCUAUUUUUCUUGUUUAGACAUUUCAGUUUACCAGUUAUAUAGGUAUGAUAUUGUUGUCUUUUUUUUUUAUUGCCCUAGAAUUAUUUAGCCUUUAAAUAGCCAUAUUAUAGGGUAUUUUGUUGAGAUUUGGGUAUUAUAUUUCAUCGUAUUUUGAAAUAAUUAUCGUUUACAGAGAGCUCGGAGAUGGAUAUUGACAACUUUAAAAAUAAAUCUAUUGAGACAAAAGUAAAUUUGUUCAGAUUAAAAAGAUAUCCUUCAGCCUUGUUGCUGUGUUCUCGUUGAUCUCGUUGAGAUCUGAAUGUCAUCAAACUUGUUUUUGAAGUUUACAUUUACCCUGUUCUAUAUAAAGAUCAAAAACCAUUUUCCUUUCCCAAUAAAAAAGGGAAUUAUUAACGUCAUGUUGAUCCUGGUAACAAAUUGUAUUAUUUUGGGUAGGGGGGGGGGGGGGUUAUUAUCUGAAACUGAAAUUCAGUUGGAAACUGCCCACAAUGUCAAUGUAACGCAAACUCUACAUAAGUUGAGCAUUACAGUUCAGUGGAUGAUAAACUGUAUUUAUUGUGGACAAAAUGUGAAAUAAAAUUAGUUGAAAUAAAAUGCAUACUUGUUUCUAUGUUUUCAUUGCAGCCUUGCUUUCUUAAGUACACAAGAUUGAGAAAGAGAGUAAGAAUAGAAAAUAGACAAUUGGUUUGUCUGCAAUGUUAAGCGAUGUGGGUGAAGAAUGGUAAGAGAGACAAGGGGUAGAGACGGGUAUACAUCUAGGGAGGUAAGAGAUGUAACAUGUCUCUUCCUUCCAAACUAUAAAAUUACACUCUGCAGAAAGACAGGUUACUUCUAUUUAUUAUUUGCUUUAAAAGGAUUUGAUGACACAAAUUCUAGUUGACUCAAAUUGAUGGAUCUCAUUCCAGAAAACUGCAGCUCUUUGUCCAUAAGAAGGUCUCUCUGAAAGGAUUACAUGUUCCUGAGAUGCUUUUAAGACAUCACAAAUAAAUACCCAGUUGGCCAGGGCCAGAAGCUAUGAAUUGAUUGAUUUAUUGAGGGAUUAUUGAUUCAACAUCAACACCAAGAACACUUAACACUACUCGGUCAGAAAUGAAGACUAGUGGGCUGGCCACCAUAGUAACCGUUUAUAAUUGUACAGAAAAACAGAUGCACAACAAACAUUUUCAGGCAACAGAAUAAAAUUCAAUCGAAGCCAAAG